AUGGAAACCAUUGGUCCCACUUUUCCCGCCGAGUUUGCACGCUUGUAUCCGUCAAACAAAGCCGCUGCUUUUGCCUUCGACCAGGUCGCAUCAAAGUUGAAGGACGACACAAAUUGGAACCAGCAUGCUCGAAAAUACAUAACAAUACAUUCCGAGAAGUCUGGCAUUGAGUAUUAUGGCAGCGAAAGUGAAAGCGAAGGUGGCUCAGGACCCCAACGGCAGAAAAAACCGGUUUGGCGGGGCUACUACGAGUUGAGCUUCGAUGUACCUCCUAGGGAUCCCCGCUUCGGAUGGGUUCUUGGGGGUGGAAAGUAUGCACUACCUGGUGACGAGAGUCCUGAGCUCGUAUUGACCGAAAGGAAAUCACAUGACAAUGUCUUCGGUCGCCAUGCACGACUGUUUCACAACCACUCAUCGGGAGCACUGAUGCUUCAUCUUGAAAAGCAGAGUUUUGCUGUAGUUGACGGCAAGAAAGUCAGUGACUCGACCACCAUUUGGUCUGAUCUUACACAUAUCACCUUCGGAGCUCUGAGUUACCAACUCCAGCUCGAUGGUGCCAAUGACAGUGCCCAUCGAGGCCGACUGACCGGCUACCAGAAAAUACACGGCUUGACGGUGAAUGAUUACCCUAUGAAUCUCUUGUCAACGCCAGCCAAGUCUGACUACAUCCACAAAGACUAUGUUAUCAAGAACGCGAUCGGCCAUGGAAGCUCCUCAACUGUCUUUGCAGGUGAGCACAUAAAAAGUGGGAAUGCCGUUGCAAUCAAGAGAAUGACCCGUACUCGUCAAAACGCUGGCCCAAUCGAGCGGGAAAUACAGAUGACAGCCUUUCUCGGUCGUCAUCACAGCCUCUGUCACCUGAUCGAUGGGAUGUCCCCCAAUGGAGACCGUCGAGGCCAAUAUUCUCGAAAUGGCGCCUUUGACGAAGUCUACCUCAUCUACAGUCCAUUGGUAACCACAACAUGA